AUGCCUAAUGUUUGGUUCAUGCAUCGCCGUGCAAUACGACCAGCGGUCCUUCCAUUUCGAUUUAAACAAUCUGCACAACCUCCUCGAAAGAAAUAUAUACCCGUGAUCAAAUUAAUUAAAUUAUUUGCUGCUAUUCUCGUACCUUUAAUGAUUGGUGCUUUUACAGUAGUAACGACUCUACAAGACUCGAAAAGCGCACGCUAUCAACGAGAGGCUGAUUUGACACGAAUGGAACGUCAAGGACAACUACAAGAAGAAGUUGAAAAACGUCAACGCCUCGCAGAUUUAGAGAAACUCCACGAACAACAAGAUUAUAAUGAUCGAGCAGCAAAAGAAGCACGCAUGCAAAAUAUCUAUGAUGCAUAUAUGCGCGAUUUAACAAACAUCGUUCUCAAACCGAAUACCAAUCUGACAGUUCCUGAACUUCUGUUUGUUCGAUCAAGAACAUCGUCAAUUUUAGAUCAGAUAGACGUAAAACGAAAAUGGUAUUUGAUUAAAUUUCUUUAUGAUAGUGAAUUGUUGUAUGCCAAAGAUUCCGGAUAUCGAUUUGUUGAUUUGGGUGGCAGCGAUUUAUCCAACGUAAGAUUUGGUAGUAGCGAGAAAUUUGAACGAAAAAUCAAUCUGGGAAAGAUUCGACUUAGUAAUGUGGUUUUGGUCAAUGCUUCAUUCCAUAAUGUCAUUUUGAGACAUGCUGUAUUUGAUUACAGUGAUUUGAAUGAUUCGACUUUCCAGGCGACUGCAUUUUUUGGUAUGAGUUUUUUUCGAGCUACGUUGGAAAAUUGCAAGUUUUAUCUAAAUCAACUACAGAAUACUUCAUUCGUCAGAUCUUAUCUGAGAGGAACAAUCUGGUCAUUCGAACAAGUAGAGCACGCAUGGUCAGUAAUUCAUGUAGAUUAUUCUGAUAC